AUGGCGGCUAACUUAGCUGGCAUGAAGCCGAGGAUCAUCCAGUCAUCCACGGUGACCUGCAAAUCCCGGAGCCUAGCUUUGCAUUUGGUGACCGAAUCUGCCGUUGCUGUGGCUAGGUCCAUUUGUGCAGGCUUCUGCUUCCGGGCUUUGCGUCAUGCGCGACCUGAGGAUAUGGAUAAGCUCAACAAAGUAAUAGAUCCAGCAGUUGCUCCGAAGGCCUUAGACCUGGGCGACCGUGCUCUUUCGAAGCAUGUCCCUGAUGUCUCCGCAAGCAGUCCAGACCAGGCGGUCAAUGUGCUAGGCAAGAAGGGUCCUGUGCCCAUCUCAGCCAAGCAGAUCCGAGUGGAUCCAUCGAAGCUCGACGCAAGCAACAAGACCCAACUGGAGCCACUCGUGGACUGGCUGAAACACGAUAAGCAAUACAAGGAGGAACAGAAGGAGCUCAAGAAAAAGGCGGAUGCUGCAAUCCUUCAUUUCCAGAACAGCUACAAGGAUAUGGCAGCCAGGGGCAUCAAGGGGGCUGCAUUCGACAAGAGCUCUCUCAUCGAAGACGCGGAGGAGCAGCGCAUGAAGGAGCUUCCAGAGCCUUGGCGGCUUUGGGGCUCUUCCGGACUUCUUCUGGUCCUGGGAGUAGCCGCUGCCAUCUCAUUGGGAAUUGUCUGCAGAAGAGCUCGCGUGGUUGCGGAGACCGUGCCCCUGACCGAUGCCUCUGACUUGGAGAAGUAG